UCAGCCGCAGCGAUAAAACCCACAAGCGCUCUCUCUCUCUCUCGCAUCCGUAGACAAAUACAAAGGCCGUUCUAACCCUAAUUUAGCGACAGAAAUCCUCCAAUUCUCUCCGUCGAACCAUGGGCGAAGACCUCUACAAGAUCGAAGAUUUCUCCGAGCCUAUCACACCCGUCGAAGGGGCUAAGAUGGGUGUCUUUUGGGACCUCCACGGUUUCCCAUUCCCUGAUGGUGUCAGUCCUGAUUGGAUCUAUCAGAAAAUCGAAUCCGCUCUUUUUAAGAUCGGCUUUUGUGGUAAGAUGUCAAUCUGGGCUUAUGUUGAUGAUGAGAACAUGUCCUCCUGGGGUAAGUUUUUAGGUAAGAAGACGUGGAAGGCUAGACUCCACUUCCUUCCUGGAGGGAUAAGACCCGAUAAGAGAAUGUUCAGUGACAUUCUUAUAUGGGAAAAGGACUCACCUGUGGACUUUCCUGAGCCAGCAUCUGUGGUCGUAGUCUCUGAUAAAGUCAAAUGUGACCCCUAUUUCUUGGACAUGCUUAGUUCGAUGGAUAUGGGUAGACACUACCAUGUUUACUUAGUAGAUCCAACUAAGCGUGUUCCACCAGAAGAUUCUGGAUGGCCAAUAUUGCUCUUUGUUGAAAUGCAGUCUUUUGCUAGAAAGAGAGGACGGGAAGACGAAAAUCCCACAAAGCGUAGUAGAGCAGAUGUGGGAAAUCAGGGCUGAUACUGAUUAUAUGUUGACUAUCUAUCUUUUGUUCCUAGAAGUUGCUUGCGGGAAUGUGUCACAGAGGUGAGAUGGUUGAAGCACUGGAUUUUAUAUCAAAAUCUCAGUUUAUAUUUUAAUCUCUACUUUCUUAUUUUUAAUUUUUUAACUUCACUUUUCAACUAUUUAAUCCAAUCUUAUGUGUUUAGUUAAGAAAUGUAUUAGCAUCAAUGGACUUAUUUGCGGCCUUUCAUCUAAAUCUGAACCCGCAUGUACUGAAGUGUUCACAUUUCUUUUGGUUUUGUUGUAUAAGACAAUAAUAAGUUUAACGUUCCCCACAUUAUUUAA